AUGCGGGCCAAGUCCUCCGCGGCCUUUGCGUCGGCCUCCGCCUACGCCUUGGCCGUGGCGUCCGCCUGUGCCUUGGUCGCGGCCUCGGCCUCCGCCUAUGCCGUGCUUGCCGCCUCAGAUUUCUGUCGCGCUGCGGCAUCCCGCUCCUCCUGCGCCUCCCGCGCGUUCCUCUCCAUUGCCUCCCGAAGGGUGGCGGCCGGGUCCACGCGGCAGGCAUCCUCAGGGCCACGUGACGCCCCAAUCACCGAGGCGGACGGGGCCCGUGGAAGUGCAACAAAUCCCUGGGUGGUUUUGAUACCCCUCGCCCCCCGCGCCCGCUCCACCGCCGCCGCCGACCCCCCGCACCCGAUGACCCCUGCGCCCGCUCUGCCGCCGGAGUCGCCGCCGGAGCACUAG